AAAGCAUACACAAAAACCAUGGUAGAAACGAAAGUCACGACGAUGGUGAUUAAGGUGGUUGACCUCGGAUGCGAAAAAUGCCACAAGAAAAUCAAGAGAGUACUGUGUGAUAUCCCUCAAAUCCAGAACCAGACAUAUGACACGAAGAAAAACACAGUGACAAUCACUGUGGUGGGUUGCUGUCCUGAAAAGAUCAAGAAAAAAAUAUACUGCAAAGGAGGUCGAACUGUGAAGUGCGUUGAGAUUCUGAAGGAAAAACCAGAACCAAAACAAGAAAAAAAAAAAGAACCAGAACCAGAAAAAAAGAAAGAACCAGAACCAGAAAAAAAGAAAGAACCAGAACCAUGCACAUGUUGUGAAAAAUGCCGCCAAGGCCCAUGUUGUCAUCACUUUUGUAUACCAACAGUACCUCCAUAUUGUCCUGUACCUUGUAGAAGGGCGGUGUGUGAUAUAUGGGAAGACGGUUGUUGUAGUUGCCGAAGUAGGGGUUACUAUCUGUGUAGAAGUGCAUAUGUUUGUGAAGAAUACUAUCCCUCGGCGCCAUGCACAAUCAUGUAAAGGGAAAGUUCAGAAGACCGAUGAUUUGACUCAACGUCCAACAUCAACCAUUGGAUUCAAAUCCAGUGGUCAUGAUGGACCUUUGUACUGUUGUUGUAUUUAUAUCAUCCGUUUUGUGAUGCUGCUGUUGUUUUGAUCUCAUCCAGAUGAUGCACGCCUUAAUUUGUUA